UUCCUGCACGGCGUUGGGUGGGACGGCCCCUCCUCCCCCCGGUUAUUGUGACGGUCGGAUUUCUCCUCAGCAGCCUCCUCUUCAUCCUCCUCCUCAUCCUGCAACACUGCGGACACGAACUCAGGAGUCAUCAUCCUCCUCCUCCACCUCCUCACGUCAGACCAGACCCACCUCAGCCCCCACGUCUCGGCCCAGGCCUGGACCUUCAUGCGUCUCCUCACCACAGACAACCCAUCUGGAGCCCAGCAAGUCCACGUCCAAGACUCCGCCAUGACUCAGGAGCCAGAAUUUGGGGACACAGGGGUCACACUGACCCUACGGCUCCUCAUGCAUGGCAAGGAAGUGGGCAGCAUCAUUGGGAAGAAAGGCAACACAGUGAAGAGAAUCAGAGACGAGAGUGGCGCCAGGAUCAACAUUUCCGAAGGUUCCUGUCCUGAGAGAAUCGUCACCAUCAGUGGACCUACAGACACUGUGGACCGGGCUGUCUCCAUGAUCACAGCCAAGCUGGAGGAGGAGUCCAAUGCAUCAGCGACUAACAGCAGCGGGACUGGUAAAUCUGGUGUCAGCGUCCGCCUGGUGGUCCCAGCCGGGCAGUGCGGAUCUUUGAUCGGGAAGGGAGGGUCCAAGAUCAAGGAGAUCCGAGAGUCCACAGGUGCCCAGGUCCAGGUGGCAGGGGAGCUGCUGCCCAAUUCCACUGAGAGAGAGGUGACCAUCUCUGGAGCACAGGACCUGGUGGUCCGGUGUGUGCGGCUCAUCUGCACCGUCAUCCUGGAGUCUCCGCCCAAGGGGGCCACUGUCCCAUACAGGCCCGGUCUGAGUGCCGGAACCGUGGUGCUGAGCGGGAACCAGGUUUUUGAUGCGUCAGACUUCACCUCUGUGUUCUCCCUCACCCAGGGGGGGGUCGAGCUGCAGCAGACCUACGCCAUCCAGAGUCCGUAUGCUGUCCAGCAUCCAGAGCUGGUGAAGCUCCCACAGCUCUCGCUGCCGCCGCAGCCUCUGAGCCAGAGUGUCGGCCAGUCAGCUGCUGCGUUGCUCCCCGGUGUGUCUGAAGCUUCUCAGGUUACAUCUCAGGAGCUGGUCAUUCCAAAUGAUCUCAUUGGCUCUGUCAUCGGCCGUCAGGGCUCCAAGAUAAACGAGAUCCGCCAGGUGUCCGGUGCGCAGAUCAAGAUCGGUGGUCAGCUAGAGGAGAGCAGCGAGCGCCGCGUCACCAUCAGUGGGGCGCCGCUCGCCAUUCACCUGGCGCAGUACCUCAUCACGUCCUGUCUAGAGACGGCCAAAUCCACCGCCCAGUCCUCCUCCAUGUCGUCCCCCGUUGACCUGACCAUGAGCUUCCCACCACCCAAUCCCCCUGCCUCCUCCUCCCCCUCCCUGGCAGCGAUGGGCGCCGCCACGCUGCCCCAUGCUCCCAUCCUGGGCGCCCCCUUCGCCCUCCCCCUAUCCAGCCUGCUGAGAGUCAAAUCCAUCCCUUACCUGGCACUCUCCACCCCACCCACCUCAGCAUCCAUCGGAUCUCAGUUGGUCUCAGGUUCGGUCACGGCAGCUCAAGCUCACGCAGCAAAUCUGGCCUCCUACACGGCCAAGAUCUCCACCUCAGUCAACGGGACCAAGAAGGCAGAGAGAGCCAAGUUCUCUCCAUACUAACCUGGUAAACACUGCCCUGGGUCUGGUGCUGAGUGGCGGGAAUGACCCAAUGCUACAGCUCGGUGAUCUUCCUGCAGGCGGGUUCUGGGCUCUCACAGCAGCUAAAAGCCAUACAGAUUCUUCUUUUGGGUUGAAGAUCAGAACUUCUGCCUGAGCUGCACUGUCGUCAUGGAAAUGCUUUUGUACACGGGCACUGUUUUAAUAUUGAUUUUAUUUAUUGUGUUCACCUUUUUUACUGUCACGUUAGCGACCAAAGUCACGGGCUGCCUGAGUCGAGGGUUCAACAAAGGUUGGGAUUUAGGUCUUCAUGGAUUCAUAAAGUGAAGCUGGGAUCCUCCACCAGUCCUGAAGUAAGAACUUCUGGAGUCUCGACUGGUUCUAUACAAAGUUGUGUAAGUCUCAGCAGAGAUCCAUCCACAUCUGCUGGGGAAUAAGGAGGCCCUGGGACAUCGCUGCUGCUCUGCUCCGAGUCCGACCUGAUGUUGAACCCCCUCGAAACUAUUACAAUCAAAACCACUGUUCAGCCAUCACCUGAUCAAUCACUGUGAGGAACAUUUACACACAAACAAGUAGUGAAUAUCGCUAGAUUAUUUAUUUUCGCUUUUUAAUUUUUAUUUGUUUACUACUAAGGUCACACAGCUCAAAGUUCACACUGCUAUAGUGUGACUCGUCUGCAUGUUAAACUUGUCUAUGCAAAGAAUCUCCAGACAAUAAUCUGUACAAUCUUAAUAAAACUCUAGUAUCGACUUGUUCCUGUAGAUCGGUGACACGCAUGUCUAAGGGAGUCAUAUUCGAGAUAUUCUGGCGCCAUCCUGUGGUGACAUUAGGUAGAAACAGAAAGCGUCUCGGUUUCAGUAGCGCCCCCCUGUGUUCAUGGGUUGAAUAUCAAGGUUUUGACGAAAAAUUGAGGCCGAUGAGAGGAGACAGCAAUACUAUCGGGGAGUAGUACACAUUAAAACCUAUUGAGUGAAUAGAAACGUCUCCGUUCAGUGUUCACGUUGUUCAUGUGUGCAGUACUGUUAAAAGACUGUCGUGGAUCAUAUUUAACAAGUUGAGUGCACAAGUUCUGCAUCAGACACAUGAGGCAAAGCGUUUUCUGCUUUGACAAUAACUAUUCAUGUCAGUGUUCAUCGUCACCUCAACAACAUGAACUCACACUCCUUUAAGCAAAGUGAGGCGAAGACUGUCUGCUCUGAUGUGAUGCAGAAACAACAACAGACACAGGCUUCAGAUCAACUCGUGUUUUCAAGUCGUCACAGAUUUUAGACAAAAUAAAAUUUUCUGCAUGCACCGACCACAACAACAAGAGGGCGCUGGAAUGAACAAUAUACAGAGGGGUGUUAGUGUUUGUUGGAAUAAGAACCAUGAUUUUUUUUUUCCAAUGUUUAAACAUCUUUAGAACAUCUCUGACAAACAUCUCUCCUCACAACGUUAGUGUGCGUCAUUAUUGCGGCGGUUUCUGCUGCUCGUUAAAAACAUUUGUGUUUGUCACACGACUGUCAACACCGCCGCAAGCACUGAAAGGAACUGACACCGCUGAUCGUUCGAAGAUCUCAGAGCCCCAUCUUAGCAUCUCUGAAUAAGUUUCACACUGCCUGGCCGUUUCCAAGAAAAUAAAUUUUGAAUGAUAUUUUAAAAACCUUUAUUUCUCUAAAAGUGUCACGUCAACGUUGGUCUACGUUCAAGUCAGAUGCUUCCCAUCAGCUACCCGAAAUUGAACCUGCGUCCUCCCCCAAACUGCUCAGAGUUUUGUCGGCAAACAGAAAA